AUGAAAUAUGGGUACGUCACUGGACAUUCGCUUGGGGGUUCAAUGGCGUCACUAGGAGCUUCCUAUAUCUUAGGCGAAAAGUUGGCCACAAAAGAGAAAACAAAGUUGGUGACAUUUGGUCAGCCAAGGACAGGCAACGAGGCGUUCAAAAUCGCACACGAAAUGCAGUCCGACUACGUUUUCCGCGUGACUCAUUGGAGAGAUAUGGUCCCUCAUAUUCCAAACGUUGGAUAUUACCAUCAUAGAGCUGAGUUAAAGUUUGUGGAAGUAAGAACCUAUCCGUAUUAUUUUUUACUCUUGGCACAUGGCACACGAUGUGAGCAUACUCUUUUUUCAGCUGGUGAAGACAAAGGCUGCAGCAAGGGAUUGUGGGUAACUGCCAGUAUCCACGAUCACACGCAUUAUUACAACAAGCAAGUCAGCGAAUACGGAAUAAAUGGAUGUAUUUGA